AUGAUCAAAACCGCAGAUGGAGAUGCAGAUGCCUCACACCCAACACACGGUGCCGAAAACGAAACGGGCGCGACAGAAGAACUUCGAGUGUACGAGGACGUCGAAGACAGCGAGAUCCACGAGCAUGACGAUGACAACCACAUGCCAGAGGGCAACAGGGGCGGAGUUUCUCCGAAUUCCAAACUUGACAGCCAGGAGAAGCCUGGUGCCGGAAAUGGCAUUGGACUGGACGAACGCAAAACCGGAAACUGA